AUGGUUUCGAAGCGUCGGGCACUGAUCGAAAAAUGGUUCGAGGGCUUUACGCCAUACACCCGCGACUCUGUUCCUCGUUAUUGGGCGCCCGAGUGCCGGCUUGAACUCCCACGCUCUCCUGAGUUCAUUCCUUCUUGGGAUCAAGACACUCUCCGAGCGUUCGAGGCUCAGUGGGAAGAUAUUGCUAAGGGGGCCACAUUCGAUGUUCACGAUUACAUCGAAGACGAUCAGAACAACAAGGCGGCCAUCCUUUACACAUGCACCUUUACAUUCUACCCCGAACUGGAAAUCAGCGACUACAAGGGCACUUAUGUCAUGAUUUUCCAUUUCAAUGAGACCCAAGAUGCCAUUGUGAGGUUCAUGGAGGUUGCGGACUACGCAAACACACCAAAUAUUUUGCGUAAGAUUGAAGAGGGCAGGAAAAAAAAGGGGUUGGCUCCCCUGUCGGAUCCAUCGGCGGAAGUCAAGGCUCAAACGUUUCAAUAG